UUUUCGUCAUCUCAUCCAGUCAUUGAUAUCAAUUUCCAUUCCCUUUCCCCCCUUCCCUUCGUUUCGUUGUUUCGUUUCCUUCAGUUCUCGGUCAAAACGAAAAAGAAGCAGGGACGCCCGCCAAGCGCCAAGCGCCAAGAUGACCAGGUUGUCAUCGGACGAAAGCAGGCCCUUGCUCAGCCAUCAUGAUACCGAGGAGGAUUUGUUAUCGCAGCGGCGGCGGUACUACGGCACGGAUGGUACGGUAGCCCGUGCACCGCAUACAAACAACGACGUCAACGGCAACGGCAACAACGAUGGUGAUGAUGAUGAUGGGUUGGAGGAUUGUAACAUCAACUUUGACGACGACCCGGAUAACCCGCAGAACUGGCCGACGCCGUUCAAAUGGAGUGUGGUGGCCUUGUUGGCCAUGACGGCUUUUAGUGUCACAUUCAACUGCAUCUCCCUCGUUCCCCUCGCCCCCUCCAUCGUCCGCUCCCUCACCCCUCCACCAUCCGACCCCUCCACCCCACCCCCCUCUCUCAAAUCCGCCUCCGUCCUCCUCGUCACCAUCUGGGAACUAGGCGAAGCCACGGGCCCCUUACUCAUCGCGCCCCUCUCCGAGCUCUUCGGCCGCUACCCGACCUUGAACAUCUCCAACAUCCUGCUCAUCUUCUUCACCAUCCUCACUGCCACCGCCACCAGCGUCCCUACUCUCAUCCUCUCCAGAUGCUUGACUGGUCUGGCGGUCGCGUCGAAUGUGCUCAACCCGGCUAUAGUGGGCGAUAUGUUUCCGAGUGAUCAGAGAGGGAGUGCGAUGAGUAUGAUUUUCGUCGCUCCCCUCGUGGGCGGGGCGGUGGGACCGGCGAUAGCUAGUGCCGUGGCGGAAAGUGUGGGGUGGAGGAAUGUUGUUUGGGGAGCGGCGGCGUUGAGUACCAUUUGUGAGGUUGCGUUUUUGUGUUUGUUUAAGGAGACGUAUAAAGUGGCGAUUAUCAAGAGGAGGGUGAGGGAGAAGAGCAGACUCGCGGAUCGGGCGAAUGCGAGUUUGGGGGGCGGAAGAAGGGGACAUAGGAGGACGUACUCGGAGAUGAGCAUGGGCAGCAAGCGCGAGGCGUGGAGGAAGUUGAGGGAUUCGGUUUUGCGGCCGUUUUUGGUGGUGUUUGGGAGUGGGUUGUUGAUGGCGUUGAGCUUGUUGGGGUCGGUCACGUUUUCGUUUUUUUACGUGAUUAGUGUCACGUUGCCGGAUAUUCUUGAGGAUAACUAUGGGCUGUCGGGAGCGGUUAAGGGGUUGUGUUUUAUGGGUUUUACCGUCGGCUCCUUCCUAGCCGUCCUAACCUGCAACGCCUUCCUCGACCGCAUCUACAUCGCCCUCCGCGACCGCGAUGCCGCCCUCACCCAGCCCUGCUCUCCCGACGAUUCCCUUCCCAAGGAAAAACCAGAAUACCGCCUCCCCCUCACUAUCCUCGGCGCCUUCAGCAUGCCCUUCGCCAUCACCUUCUACGGCUGGGUCGCCCAGCUCCGUCUGCCCCUCCCCUUCUUGCUCAUUGCUUGUGGGCUGAUUGGCGCCAACGUCAUGUUGACGCUCAUCCCGCUGAUGGCGUACGUGGUCGAUGCUUUUGGUUUGUUCUCGGCUAGCGCCAUGACGGGCGUGAUUGUGAGUAGGUGUCUUAUGGGCACUUUCUUGCCGUUGACGACAGCGCCGCUGGUGGAUUCUUUUGGGUAUGGUUGGGGGUUUAUGGUGUUUGGGGCGAUGAGUUUGGUGUUGGCGCCGAUUAGUGUGGUGGUGUUUAGGUAUGGGGAGAGGUGGAGGCAGUUUUGCAAGUACUCUAGGGGGGAGUAGUAGGCUGUUACUGUGCGUGGGUGUAGGUGGUUUGGUGGAGUCGACGAUGGGAUCUUUUUGACGACAUAUGAUUUGAAUACGACAUGGAUGUGAUGGAUUA